AUGGCUGGAUCAAAUUUAAUUAGGGAAUUAAAUUCAAGCAAAAAUGAUUGGAAAAUCAAAGUAUGUGUUUCUCGCCUGUUUGACGUACUGAAUUUUCGCAAACAAGAUAGCUUAAUAAGUUUGGAUAUGGUCCUAUUGGACGAGGAGGGUGAUUACAUUCACGCCUCAAUCAAAUCCAACUUUGUUCAACCCUUUCGUCCGAAAUUGAUUGAAGGAAAAGUUUACACCAUUAGAUACUUUUCAGUCAUACCAAAUAAGAAGCAAUAUCGCAUUUGUUGUAUUUUUAUAUUAGACAUAGUAGGUAUGGUUGUAAAAGAAGUCGAUGAUUCUAUCGAAAUAGAAGAUAAAUGGGGGAAACGAGUUCUAAUUAAGCUUUGGAAUAAUGUUUUUGCUGAGUAUACAAAACAGAAAAACCAACUUACUGAUUUCACUAAACCUUUUCCUAUUAUAAUAACGUCAACGAUGGUGAAAGAGUUUAAUGGUACUUUUAAUCUUACCUCUUCGUCAUCAACCAAAAUCUAUACAAAUGUAGAAGUUCCAGAGGUUCAGUUGUUAAAAGAUAUUUGGAAUGAAAAAUCGGAAAAUAGUACUAUUGGAAAACUUGAGAUACAACGUACUUCUACGGACUCAGAAGAAAUUAUCUCCAAGAAGAUUGAUAUCUUAACUCUUAUGAAUCACAUCCAAAAAACUGUUGAAAAGGAUUUAAUAUUCUACUGUAAGGCUAAAGUGACUGAUAUCAUGGGUGAGACUGGUUGGUAUUAUAUCUCAUGUCCGCUUGGUGUUGAAGAUCAUAGUGGGUCGACCAUAUUUGUUAUAUUUGAUGAAGAAGCUAAGAAGUUAAUUGGUCAAGAUGCGAGUGCUGUUUUUGAAGCUCAUAUAUAUGAAAAGGCUAAUAACAAAGAUGAUGCUAGCGAUAAUGACGCAGAAUCAGAAAUACCAAUGAUAAUUAAAAAUAUCAUUGGGAAAGAAUUGAUUUUUAAAGUUAAAAUCACUGCUUAUAAUCGUAAAACAUCACGACAAACCUUCACUAUGAUGAAAUUUUUUGAAACAAUUAUCCUUGAGGACAACAAAGAAGCUACAACAAAUAAAGAAGAAGAUACAAGUAAGGAUAAUGGAAAACGGUCUCAUGAUGAAUCUGAUAGUAAAGAUGAUAAAGAUUCAAGCAACAAUACAUUUAAAAAAACAAAGGUUUAA